UCAUUCCCAAUUCGUUCCUUUUGUGACAUAUUUGCGAAACGUCCACAGCGUUUCCUAGUGGAAAUUAUUCUAAAAAAUCACAUUAGGGCAUGGUCGAUAAAGUUUUCCAGUCGAAAAACCGCGAUUUAAAAUCUCUCACCGUGAUUGAGUUUUUUCGUGCCAAGUGCAACUAAACUAUCAAGAUUCCGCCGAUAAUUCAAAGCCUACCCAGUGGGUGGCUUAAUUUGGGAGCACCGGGUGAGUCCGGCGCAGCUUGCACUGCCGGGCGUCACGCGCGCGCUAGCCCGUCCCCCACGCCCCGCCCGCGCCCCGCGCCGCGCUGCUGGCGCCGCGCGCUCAACGUCGACCCACCCUGGCUGCGGCGCGCGCCUGCUCGCUGACACACCUCUCACUCGAUCACCUGACACUUGUGGACUAGCGCUAUCGGGCCUCCGACACCGGGCUCCGAGACCACCUGACCCCGCCCCCCUCCGCACCGCCGCACGCUCCCCCUCUUGCAGCAUAGCCGACUGACUCGGCCUCGGCCCCUGCCGAGGCUCCGGGCCCGUCGGAGGACUUCAAGCCAGCCACCCGACUAACUUAGCCGCUCAGCCGAGCCGAGCAAGGUCAGGAACUUAACAAGUGGACUCGACGUCCGUCAAGAUCCCAGGCACAAUGAAGGUUGUGGAAGAGGAGCAGCACGUGGUCGUGAUGGAGGGCCCCUGGAGCCCCGUCAAUAUUAUCCGGGACAUCGUGGACGAGGGCACCCAAGAGGACCCCUUCUACGUCAUGGACCUGGGAGAGGUGGUAGCGCGCUUCCGUGAGUGGAAGGAGCUGAUGCCCCGUGUUGAGCCGUUCUAUGCUGUGAAGUGCAACGAUGAUAAGUUGAUGGUGAGCACGUUGGCUGCGUUGGGCGCUGGUUUCGACUGCGCCUCCAAGGCGGAGAUACAGCUUGUAACAUCCAUCGGAGUAAGACCAGACCGUAUAAUCUUCGCCAACCCCGCCAAGCCGGCGUCGCACAUCCGCUGGGCGAGCGCGGCCGGGGUCACCACAAUGACAUUUGACUCCGAGACAGAACUCAUGAAGAUCAAGCAAUACAUGCCGCACGCUCAACUGGUCGUGCGCAUCCGCUGCGACGCAACAUCCGCGCAGUGCCCGCUCGGCAUCAAGUUCGGCUGCGACCCCGUCAGCGAAGCGCCGCGCCUCCUCAAACUGGCCGCCGUUAUGGGACUGAACGUGGUAGGUGUUUCCUUCCACGUGGGGUCGGGCGCGCAAGAGACCGGCGUGUACGCACGCGCCAUACAGUUUGCGCGUGGGCUGUUCGACCUAGGCGACGCAGCGGGGCACACUAUGUAUCUGCUGGACAUCGGUGGCGGGUUCCCGGGGAACAGUGGCACAUCCAUAGUCGAGGUGUCGCAGGUGAUCAACGCAGCCCUAGAGCUGCAUUUCCCGUCGCGGUCCGUGCGCGUGAUCGCCGAGCCGGGCCGGUACUUCGCGGCCGCGGCCUACACCCUUGCGGCCAUGGUGCACGCCACCAGGCAGCUGCCCGCGAAGGACGGUGAGAGCGCGGAGGAAGCGCACACCAUGUACUUCAUCAACGACGGUGUGUACGGCUCCUUCAACUGCGUGCUCUACGACCACCAGCAGGUGCACGCGACGCCGCUCGAGGAAUCAUCAGAGCGUGCUCAGCAAUGCUCGAUCUGGGGCCCAUCGUGCGACGGUUUGGACUGCGUGCUCCCAACUUACUCGCUUCCCCCGCAACGCACGGGCAACUGGCUAGUGUUCAAGGACAUGGGCGCAUACACCAUUCCCGUUGCGUCCCCCUUCAACGGUUUCCCCACUCCGAAGGUCAGGGCUGUCGUUGAUAAGCAUUUGUGGACUAUGCUGAAGGAACUCUGGCCGCUCACUGAGGCCAACUUCGUGUUCGGCCGCGUCACGUCCCCACAGUCUCCGCUCCCGUCCCCGGAUUGCGACUCCCCCUCCCCCUCAUCGCCCCCGCUGUCCCCCGCGUCCCCGCCGCAAGCCCACCACGCGGUGUUCGUAGAGUGCGCGCUUAAGUGACCGUACGAGAUAUUCUUCCUGCAACACGCAGAAAUGGAGGGGCGAAGUCGUUAGACAUUUUUUUAUUUUUUAUUUUGAAAGGGUUUUUAUUUUUAUCAACAGUUUAUAGCACAAUUUUUGUACACCCAUAAUAUACGUUGUUUUCAUUCACUA